AUGGCGACAGAAAGUUUAGUGGUAUCAGCAAGUCAUCAAUUUGAGUCAGCUAUCUUCAAUGCACCAGUUGAUAAUGUCUGGACUCACAUUCGUAGCUUAGCUUUCCAUACUCUUUGCCCAUCCUGGGUGUCCAAUGUAGCUUGGCAUGAAGGUGAAGCUGGAAAAGUUGGAGCCACAGUGCAAAUGACCUAUACAGAUGGCUCUCAUUGGACAGUCAACAUUCUAGAAAUUAGCGACAUUAAGAGAACAAUUGUUUACGAACUUAUCACUGCUGACCCUGCCGCUCACUCUUACUCUUACGUGAACACAAUUCGCCUUUUCAAAGAAACAUUGACUAAUAAAACUUUUCUUACCUGGGAAACCGACUUUUCAAACGACGCGACCGCCAACACCAUCAUGGACUGCAAAUAUAAGAAGCUUGAAGCUCUCCAUGCUAUGGCUACUACUUUAGCUAAUUAA